AUGAAACAUUUUUAUCAUAGAGAUCUAGGAUGGGCUACAAAGAAGCUGGUGGUCUUGCGCAACACUGGUUUCAUUUUAAACUUAGGCUCAUCUCCGCUCGCAGAAGCGGCCGGACAAGUUCAUGUUGUUAACUUAAACAAGUCCUCUCUUGGAGAAGAAACGAGCUCGCUCGUGAAAUCAGGUCGAUCAUAUCGAGGGUGCUGCAGCAACUUUGUACGAGAGCUGAUCAGUUUGGACAUCUGUCGAACCCUCGGAUAUGAUGAAAGAUAUGGUGUGGAACAAUGGGAAAAAGUUAAAGGAAGUGACGAAGCUUAUAAAAAGUUACAAGAAGCUGAACCCUGCGACGUGUUCAAAUUGGCGAGUUGGACAUUAUUACAAUUUACUUCGUUCCGAGGCCUUCAGUUUACGUACGGUCCUGCCAUUGCUGCAAACAAUCAAAGCACUUUUGAGUUGCUGUGGAGGAUGUUUCGAGUCAACAUUUGUCUUACUAUCACCCUCAGUUUUCUCAUACUGACUCGUGACGCCGGCCUUGGUAGCCCCAAAUCAGCUCUCCUGUCAUUGGAUGUUCCCAGUUUUCCUGGAUUAAACCUCUUGUCAGAGACUCUUUACACCACUUGCUUCGGUAUAUGGGUAGCAUGCUCAGUAGAUAAUUUGUUUAACUCUCUCGCCCUUCUGGCUACAUGUGUUCACAAGAUAGCAAUAUUGUUGAAUUGCCCUCAAGAGAUACUAGAGAUUUGCGAUCCAAAAUACUUUCCAUCGAUCUUCGAUUCACCACAUAAAUCCAAUUCGAUCGCACACUUUUGGGGGAAAGGUUGGCAUACAGUAUUACAAAGGAUCUUUUUAAUCAGUGGUGGGUUGCCCAUUGCCUGGCUAGUAAGGAGAUUGGGAGCAAGUCAUCGAAUUUUGAGAUUAGCCGGAAUGUUUGGUGUGUUUGCUUCUUCGGCAUUCCUCCAUGAAUACGCGGCACUUCAAAUUGCUCAGCGCCUGGAUCCUAACCUAGCCCUUUCAACUUGGUUUCCUGAAUCAAUUGUUUAUUUCAUGCUCCAACCUCUAGCUAUCUUGGUAGAGCCUUUUGUGAUACCACUUAUCCCCAAAAGAUUGGGAGGUGGACGACUCUGGGUGUGGACUUUUGGCCUUCUUGCUGCUUUUCCUUUUCGCGAUCAAUAUUUGUUUGGCAUGGGAGUUCUCCAAGAUGUACCUCCACUCAAAAAGUGGUCAAUGAUCUACCUGCUAAGGCCUGUCAAAUUGUGA